AAUAGGUUGAGGAGACUAAAUUACUUGUCGUUACCUUAGAUUGUAAACUGUCAUGAUCAAAACAUAUAGAUUCAAUGGUUGUAAAGAUGGGGAGAGAUCUGGUCUGUAAUAAAGAGAUGCUCUGCUUUUUUGACACCACACUCCAAAAAGCAAAUUCUGCAGGCUUUAGUUUUAUCUAAUCUUAAUUAUUGUCCAGUCAUGUGGUUGAGUGCUGCAAGAAAAUACCUAGUUGAGCUGUAGCCAAAAACAGAGCGGCACGUCUUGCCUUAAUCAGAGGACUGAUAUCAAUGUUAUGAAUACCAGUCUCUCUUGGCUAAGAGUUGAGGAGAGACUGACUCAAUCACUUCUUAUUUUUAUAAGAAACAUUAAUGUAGCGGCUCUCGAUUGUCGAAUGAAGAGGCGCAGCGUGGAAAGUGUUCAUGAUUUUAAUAUUCAAAAACACUCAAAAACAUUCAAAAACAAAAUAACAAAUGUGAAAACGAAAGCGCACAGUUCUGUCAGGCACAGACACUAAACAGAAAACAAGAUUCCACAAAACCCAAAAGGAAAAUGACAACUUAUAUAUGAUCCCCAAUCAGAGACAAUCAUAGACAGCUGACUCUGAUUGGGAACCACACUCUGCCAAAAACAAAGAAAUAGAAAACAUCGACUUUCCCACCCGAGUCACACCCUGACCUAACCAAACAUAGAGAAUAAUAAGGAUCUCUAAGGUCAGGGCGUGACAAUUAAUGUGUUGAAAAUUCCAAAGUGUUUGCCGAGUCAACUUACACACAUAUCUGACACACACUUAACCCACCAGACAUGCCACCAGGGGUCUUUUCACUGUCCCCAGAACAAAUUCAAGAAAGGGUACAGAAUUAUAUAGAGACGUUAUUGCAUGGACCUCCCUUUCAUCUCAGAUUGCUCAAAUGAACAGCAAACCUGCUUUCAAAAAACAACAACAACAAAAAUAUAUUAAAAAACAGAUAGAGCAACAUCUUACUGCACAGCGGUUUGGGACACAGAUCUUCAUCUUACUGCACAGCGGUGUGGGACACAGAUCUUCAUCUUACUGCACAGCGGUGUGGGACACAGAUCUACAUCUUACUGCACAGUGGUGUGGGACACAGAUCUUCAUCUUACUGCACAGCGGUGUGGGACACAGAUCUUCAUCUUACUGCACAGGGGGUGUGGGACACAGAUCUUCAUCUUACUGCACAGCGGUGUGGGACGCAGAUCUUCAUCUUACUGCACAGCGGUGUGGGACACAGAUCUACAUCUUACUGCACAGGGGGUGUGGGACACAGAUCUUCAUCUUACUGCACAGCGGUGUGGGACACAGAUCUUCAUCUUACUGCACAGCGGUGUGGGACACAGAUCUACAUCUUACUGCACAGUGGUGUGGGACACAGAUCUUCAUCUUACUGCACAGCGGUGUGGGACACAGAUCUACAUCUUACUGCACAGGGGUGUGGGACACAGAUCUUCAUCUUACUGCACAGCGGUGUGGGACACAGAUCUUCAUCUUACUGCACAGGGGGUGUGGGACACAGAUCUACAUCUUACUGCACAGGGGGUGUGGGACACAGAUCUUCAUCUUACUGCACAGCGGUGUGGGACACAGAUCUUCAUCUUACUGCACAGGGGGUGUGGGACACAGAUCUUCAUCUUACUGCACAGUGGUGUGGGACACACAUCUACAUCUUACUGCACAGGGGGUGUGGGACACAGAUCUUCAUCUUACUGCACAGCGGUGUGGGACACAGAUCUUCAUCUUACUGCACAGUGGUGUGGGACACAGAUCUACAUCUUACUGCACAGGGGGUGUGGGACACAGAUCUUCAUCUUACUGCACAGUGGUGUGGGACACAGAUCUUCAUCUUACUGCACAGGGGUGUGGGACACAGAUCUUCAUCUUACUGCACAGCGGUGUGGGACACAGAUCUACAUCUUACUGCACAGGGGUGUGGGACACAGAUCUUCAUCUUACUGCACAGGGGUGUGGGACACAGAUCUUCAUCUUACUGCACAGGGGGUGUGGGACACAGAUCUUCAUCUUACUGCACAGCGGUGUGGGACACAGAUCUUCAUCUUACUGCACAGGGGGUGUGGGACACAGAUCUUCAUCUUACUGCACAGCGGUGUGGGACACAGAUCUACAUCUUACUGCACAGCAGUGUGGGACACAGAUCUUCAUCUUACUGGACAGCGGUGUGGAACACAGAUCUUCAUCUUACUGGACAGUGGUGUGGGACACAGAUCUACAUCUUACUGCACAGUGGUGUGGGACACAGAUCUACAUCUUACUGCACAGCGGUUUGGGAUACAGAUCUACAUCUUACUGCACAGCGGUUUGGGAUACAGAUCUACAUCUUACUGCACAGCGGUGUGGGAUACAGAUCUUCAUCUUACUGCACAGCGGUGUGGGAUACAGAUCUUCAUCUUACUGCACAGGGGGUGUGGGACACAGAUCUACAUCUUACUGCACAGUGGUGUGGGACACAGAUCUUCAUCUUACUGCACAGUGGUGUGGGACACAGAUCUACAUCUUACUGCACAGUGGUGUGGGAUACAGAUCUACAUCUUACUGCACAGCGGUGUGGGACACAGAUCUUCAUCUUACUGCACAGCGGUUUGGGACACAGAUCUUCAUCUCUCUCCUAUUGGACCCAGAUAUUUUGUGUGUUUGCAUUGAUAUGUAGGCUACGUGAUUUAAAAAGCUAUGCUUUUUAAAUGUCCUUCAGUUGUUCUUGUCUAUUAAUGUACUGUAUUAUGUCAUUUUGUAUUGUGCUUCACGUUUUGUGUCGACUCCAGAAAGAGUAGCUGAUGCUUUCGCAAAAAGGAUCCUAAUAAAAUAUCAAAUGCUAAAUGUAUACUGAACGAAAAAAUAUAAACGCAACAUGCAACAAUUUCAAAGAUUUACUUAGUUACAGUUAUUAGGAAAUAAGUCAUUUGAAAUAAAUUAAUUAGGUUGCUAAUUCUAUGGAUUUCACAUGACUGGGAAUACAUUCAUUAGGUCCUAAUCUAUGGAUUUCACAUGACUGGGAAUACAUUCAUUAGGCCCUAAUCUAUGGAUUUCACAUGAUUGGGAAUACAUUCAUUAGGCCCUAAUCUACGGAUUUCACAUGACUGGGAAUACAUUCAUUAGGCCCUAAUCUAUGGAUUUCACAUGACUGGGAAUACAUUCAUUAGGCCCUAAUCUAUGGAUUUCACAUGACUGGGAAUACAUUCAUUAGGCCCUAAUCUAUGGAUUUCACAUGACUGGGAAUACAUUCAUUAGGCCCUAAUCUAUGGAUUUCACAUGACUGGGAAUACAUUCAUUAGGCCCUAAUCUAUGGAUUUCACAUGACUGGGAAUACAGAUAUGCAUCUGGUGGUCACAAAUACCUUUAAUAAAGAGGCAGGGGUGUGGAUCAGAACACCAGUCAGUAUCUGGUGU